AUGUCAGUGGCACAUGCGGAGGUCAGAAAGCGCGCAAAAGCUUUUCGGCUUUCUGUGAAUGAAGCCUGGUCAGAGGUGGUUGCAAACAUCCAGCGCCACACCUGGACUUCUGCUCCAGGUGACUGCUGGCUGUCCGACAAGAUGGCGCAGGCAUACAAGGACGUUCAAAGCCUUGGCCCAAAGUGGCUGAGAGGUGGCAUGCGCUUCCUCUCAAUAGAGUUAUGGCAUAGCCAAACCGGCGACCUCGUCGCUGGAGAGAUAGGCUACACGUGCGGCAGCAUCUACAGUAGCUGCACUGGCUUCUCCAUCAAAGACAAGUACCCCGGCGCUGGAUGUGUGCAGCUGGCAGCGCUUGGCGCGUGGUUAGCAAAGCAAGGCUUCCAGAUUUGGGACCUUGGAAUGGAGCUAGACUACAAGCUGGAACUAGGAGGUCAAGUGGUGCCUCGAGUCGAGUGGGCUUCGACCAUCCGGAGGCUGCGCCAUCAGGAGUUGGCACUUCUUAGCCCUCAAGGCGACGCAGCAAAUGCUUCCAGCUUAUUGAGGAUACUUUUGCCGGAGCAGGCACUUUCAUGCGAACUUUCAGGGCAUCUGGAUGCUCAAGGCACAGAGGCAACUGGAAGCACGCAGAAAGCAAAAAAGAAGAAAGGGUCAAAGCCGAUUGACGACCAACUCCAUGAGUCGGCCCCAAGCUUUGCCUUAGCGUCUUAG